AAAGGAACACUAGGUUCACAUCUUUAUCCAACAAUGGGUGAAGUUAAAAUACUGUAAAUACAGAACCAUUAAAUGUGUGAACCAGUAAUGCAUACUUUUUAUGGAGUCAUUUUAUUUUUUUUUUAUUGUUCCCACAUUGAGGAAAUUAACCUUUACAUUUUAAGCAGUGCAAUGGGCAGCAGCCACAGGGGAGCUACGACACAUCUGGUGUGUGCGUGGCUUGAACCUGGGACCUUCUGCAACCCAGGCUGAUGCUCUACCAAUGAGCUACCAGGCCACUACUAAUAGCUUGUCAUUACUGAUUUCAAAAUAAUGGGUGCCAAUAAAAAUCGAUGCAUAAAUAGUUGUGAAGUAACUAGCGGUCUGGGUCUGUGUCCCACAGAGCUUAAGGGCAAGCCAUCAGCCGGGGGCACAGUCACAAGGCUUCACAUGGCGAACAUUCCCCCAAGGCCUUUAGGUGACCCCGGACAGGUCAAACAUGGCCCUGCCCCCAAAGACUCUCGGGUCAACACUUCCGUGGUCCGACCUGUAAAUCCAUUCAUGGGUUCGGCAUCUUCUAAAGCCUCUCGGGUGUUAAUGGUUGAGGUUCUGGGUUCACUUGGAAAGGUUCCUGUAUCAGGUCCAAGUACCCCUCCCACCAGUCAGAGGAUGGUCCUGAAGCCCGUCCACACGGCGUCCGGGGUCCAGUUCUACCGCAGACCAGAUGGUAAACUGGUUCAGCUAGUUCCCGUGUCCCAACUAAAGUCAGGAAACCCAAACCCGCUGCUACAGAAAGGCCCCCCCUCUGCCCUCCCUGCUGCUUUUCUUCCAACACCAUCUGUCACUGUUGUGAAACAAACUCAACCUCUGCCUUCUAUAAAUAGCACCAUUUCCAGCGCCGCCUCUUUGUCUGGCCCUCGAUCCAGUUCUGGGCCCCUCUCCUCUUCCCUACCCCCGCUUUCUUCUGGUCCCCUGCCUCAGAUCGGAAUGUGCACCUUUAAAAUCCUACCUGCUGGAUCAAACAAGGAACCAAUCAUCUUCACUUGUCCUAAAGCUCCUAUGCAGCACCUGACAAAGGUGGUUCCGGUCCUAGACUCCGCUCCUGUAACCCCAGUGAGACUUGUCUCCCUCCAACCGUCACCAGGUGGGGGAGCUGGGAUCGGGGCCAAACCGGUGAGUGUGUCUCCAGCCCCUGUUGGUUCAGGUGGGCUGUUGGCCUCUCUGGAACUUGCUACAUCUGAGACCCCCACAGAGAAAGCACCCCUUGAGGCUGCAACUUCACCACCCCCAUCUGACAGGAACAGUCCUGAACCAGAGGUGGCCUGUGGACUGGUGGACCUGGACAUCAUCUGUGUGGACGAUGAGACAAUGGAGGUGGUGAAUGUAGGGGGGUUGUCGAGCAGUGAGACAGAGAAUUCAUCCGACUUUGAGUCAGAUGUUGAAGGAGACAAAGAGAUGAUGACGACAAACCUAACACACCCAGCAAAGCCUGUAAGACGUCUGCUUCAUAAUGUUCUGGAGAGGAAGCGACGUGGGCAGAUAAAGCAGCUGUUUGAAAGUCUGAAGAAAGAACUGGGACUGAACCAGGAGAAGACGUCAAAGGUCUCCAUUCUAAAGAAGGCAGUGCAGGUGAUUGAAGAGCUGAGAGCGAUUCACAGACAGCUGGACAGGAAGAGGAGGCGGCUGAUGGAUAGGAGGCAGAAGUACCUGUGUACCAUCGGCUUAACAAAAGAAGAGAAGAAGCAGGAUCUCCACAGAGGUCGGUGCCUUCAGGAAAAGCAGAAGACAAACAAAAAGCAAGCAGUGGUGGAGGUGGUGGAUCUGUUGGACGAGACAGACGAAAACACAGACAACACGUCUGAUGAGGAGCUUGUCGUCACUAAGACGUCUGACAUCAUCACCAUCACCAGUGACAAGGAGGAUGAAGUUCAGUGUGUGGCCAUGGGGAAAGGCUUCGGUCGGCUGAGCUCAGAUAGCUGUUUGAUGAAAACACUUGAGGCUCCAACUGACACCAAAGCCUCUAGAGCUCCGAGUUCAGUGCUGGACACGAGCAAUUUGACGCUUCUGAGAGAAAAGGCUUGUGAGGAGAUUCACCCUCUACAGCACCAGCACAGACACUCCGACCUCACCAAGGUCUGCCCGGGAUCAGGUGAAAGUGAACCGAUGGUCCCGGAGAAACAGCAGCAGCAACAGGAUCACAACAGCGCACUUGAUGAGGUGCAGCCAUCUGCUGCUGAUUCCAAACCUCCACCUAUAGCAAAGGACACUGUUGACGUGAUCACCAGGGCUUCAGACCAGCCGCAGCCUCCACAAAGGCCUCCCACCCCUGUCUCUAUCCUCACACCUGUCCAGCAGCCUCACGUGGUCUUGCAGCUGACUGGCCCUGCUCCCAGGCUAAGGGACAAGACGAGGACAAUGCCCAACAUCUUGUCCCGCAGGAAGAACAGAGGGGAAGCUCUGUCCUUUCAUUCCCUGGUACCAACAGAGGUUUUAUCCCUGGUUGGUACUGCAUUGCCAGGACAACCAGUCCUGUCUCUGAGCCCACUCAUAGCAGGAUCCGCCGUUCUGCAGACGACUUCACCAGCUACAGACUUGACAAACCUUCUGCAGCUGGUCCAACCACAACUGCAACUACAGCCACAGAUGCUACAAGUACAACAUCCUUCUCCUCUUUCACGGGUAGCCACCGCUGGAGUAGACCAAGACCACACCGACUGCAGACCUGAGUCCUCAUCAUUGUCAUCAUCACACUCCAUCCACAAUUUGUGGACUUCCCUAGGCACAGGUCUGAGUAAACCGCUUGAUGUUGUGAAGGAGGGAGCUCCAGAGCAGCAGCAAGAGACCAGAGGCAUUGCUGAGGUUCAGAAUCUGACGUCCCUUCUCGAUGAAAUCAACUUCCUUAACCAGCAGACUGUUACCGUGGCUACAACAGUUCGUGUGUCAUCACCAGUGACACAGUCUAAGGUGAACGACCACCCCCACUGUUCCUGGAUCCCACAGCUGGAAUCAGACUCUAAUGAUACUGUUGCUACGGAGGCACAGCAGAUUCCUGGAGACCAAAGAACUACAACUAAUAGCAGUAAGAGCAGCGUCCUGGCCCCGCCCCCUCUGCUGCAGAUGAGUGUGGGUGGGGCCAAGAUGGCAGAGUGUAGCACAGGUACAGGACCAGCAGAGGGGGGGGGCACAGAGGGAGGUGUGGCCUGGAGGCCUAUGCCAAGGUUGGUUCCUCUGGGGCUCAAAGGAAACCAGAUCAGCUGACUGCUGUUGCCCAGACAAUGUGUUUACACAUUUUUGGUGUUGGGUCGUACUAAAUCAGGAAACAUACAGCAACAGCUUCUCUUUACAGGGACCGUUGACGACAGAUACGUAACCUAAAGUAGACAUAAUUUUUCAUACUUUAUCUGAUUGGGCUCUAAAUCAGCUGAUCUCAGACACUUGCUUUAGAUCAGUGACAUGCAAACACUAAUGUGAACAUUGCUGCGUGGUUCAGUGCUUUGCUACUGACUUGAAUUCUCUAAUUUAUAUUUUACUCUAACUUUACUUUUUUCUGAAAGCUGCAGAAUCAUAAAGUUCAAACUAAUACUAGGUCUUUUAAUAUGAAAUUAUCUCUAAACAUGGCUCAUGUUUACAAUUUCAAAAUGUCCUGAAUUUUGUUCAUGUUGCAGACGUAGUUCAACCACAGACUGAAGGAAAAAAAACAAUCUCUAUAUUGCUGAAAACACUGAGUCAUGUUUUAAUGAUUUUCAGAGUAAGUUAGAUUCAUUUCACGUUUAACUGUCAAUGAUUCAGUCACAGUGAAAAUAAAAACGCUUUUUUGUUGCCUGGACACGUCUUUACCUGCUCAUUGUUCGGAGGACGCUGAGAAGCUGCUUCUUUUUAUGUUCAUGUUAAAUCUGUAUUUUUAUAUGUUACUGGUGUAAACACAUGCUGACGACUUGUAUGAAUAAAGUUUGAAUAUUGA